AUGGGUAGCGGAAUUAAGACAUAUAACGUGAGGGUAGUAUUGAAAAUGAUAGGAUUAAGUAGAAGCAGCCCAAGGAGUUGCGGCCGUGCCGGCAGUCUAGCAGCGACACCCGGUGAGAAGCUUCUAGAACUACUCCGGCCUUCCAGUGGCACUCCGCGACGUCAUUCGACCGCAGCCUGCGCUCCGGCACAACCGCAACGACAGACAGGCUUCGUUUACUGCCCUUCUGAUGCCUUACCAUACUGCCCACCAUCAAGGCUGGCGCCCCCUCGUCCAAUUAUACCAAAGCUCCAGCCACCGCCGCAGAUCCAGCCGGUUAUUCCACCGCAACCACCGCCCGUCCCGCAACGCACCGCGCCGGUCACGCCCGCGCCACUGCCUGUCCCCCCUCCGGCUCCACCACGACGGUCUUCUCCACAACCACCUAAACGAAUCCCACCUCCGACACCACCCAGACCGGCAGCAACCUCUCCAUCGGCCGACCCCAACGGGAAUCGCAAGGCAACGGUUCCGAUGCUGCCACGUUUGGACUGUAACAAAAAUCCUCAGCCAACAAUCACCAAAAAACCGCCUCAAAAAAUACCAGAUACGCCCUUUACACCAGCACCUCCUCCUCAAAACAGCCAGUCGAUCAAAAGAUCGCCAAGCUCGGGGUCAAACAUCAGCGUUAGACAAGACUCGAAUGUGUCUUCGGACUCAUUUAGCCAAACAUCAUCACCGUCGUACACCACAAAGACUAUGGAAGCUCCCUUGCUACCCCACCAGCAUGUGAACAAGAGUUUGAACGCAAAGAUAGCGAGGGGACUAUUGCUGAAAGAACAGCAAGAGAAGGAGGCUGGUAACUCUUCAAUUACCAAGAGUAUGUCAACACCAGCGUCACUACAGACCAUAGUUAGGUUUCAAAAUGGAAGCAACAUGUCCCUGCACCAUCGGAUGCUGCGGGACAUACGCGGAGCCAGCAACGAAGGCUCCCCGCACAAGUUCAGACUGAUGCAAGUGGCACUCAACGCUGUAGCACUGUUAGCCAUAACCGGCGCUCUAUUCGCCUACUUCCGAGCCAAUCCCGCAGUACAGUAUGUCUCGCAAGCUGUGAACCGUUCCACUGUAGUAACGUGGCCAGCACCCACGGACGCUCCCGCCGACAAGAACCCAGCCCCCGGAGUGUGUCUGCCGGUCAUCGUGAGCUUCUGCCACCAGCACCGGAUAUCUUACAACUUCACCGUAUUCCCUAAUUACAUCGGGCAUUUCGGGCAGAGGGACGCACAACAGGAUCUGGAGAUCUAUGAUGCGGUAGUCGACGUGCGUUGUUACGAGUUGACAGCUCUGUUUCUGUGUUCGCUCUUUGUACCUAAGUGCGGUCCGCUUGGACACAUGGUGCGGCCUUGUAGAAGCUUAUGUCAAGAAACGAUGCGACGCUGCGGAUUCUUCCUUGAAGUAUUCGGGCUUUCGAUGCCUGACUACCUCCAGUGCGAGAUAUUCCCGGAGUCGACCGACACUGAUGUCUGCCUUGGGAACAGAGAGGUCAAGGAGGCUAGAUUCCGUGCUGCUAAGCCAGUGUGCGUGUCCGGCUUCCAAUGCGACGUGAAGCGCUGCAUCCCGCACGACUGGCGCUGCGACGGGCACGUGGACUGCGCCGACCGCUCCGACGAGCUCAACUGCCGCGUGUGCAAGCGCAGCGGCGACGUGCACUGCGGGAACCAGCGCUGCAUCUCGCAGGCGCACAUGUGCGACGGGAAGGUGGACUGCCCCUGGGGACAGGACGAGAGGAACUGCCUGAGGUUGAGCGACGCAACUGGAGACGUGGGGCGGGGGGAGCUGCAAGUGUACCGGGCCGCCAACCACUCGUGGUUCCCCGCCUGCAUCAGCGCGCUGGACGACACCACGGCGCUCAAACUGUGCUCCAUGCUCGGAUACUCAUGGGUGAAUAGAAGUUCGUCGAUAGCCUUAGGGGGAGCCACGACCCCCAACCCCCGCGGGGUGGGGGCGCGGGCAGGCAGGGUGCACGUGGCGGGGGCGGCGCUCUCCUACCACGCUUUCUUGAGGAGUGAAGGCGGCUUGCUUAGAGAGCUGAAAGAGUGCAGGCAUUACUCUAACAGAGUGCAUCUUGUCUGCAAUAAUUACGAAUGUGGCAAGCGUCGUACGGUCGGAGGUGGAACAAAGCGCAUCGUUGGAGGAGUAGAAGCAUCUCCUGGAGACUGGCCCUUUCUGGCCGCGAUUCUGGGAGGGCCGGAGGAGGUGUUCUACUGCGCCGGUGUACUCAUUGCUGAUCAGUGGAUACUUACUGCCUCUCAUUGCGUUGGCAAUCACUCAGACGUGAAUGGAUGGACCAUCCAGCUGGGUAUAACUAGACGACGCUCUCAUGCCUACUACGGUCAGAAGGUGAAGGUGCGUCGGGUGGUGCCACACCCGCAGUACAACGUUGGUGUCGCUCAUGAUAACGACAUCGCUUUAUUCCAGUUGGCGGUGAGGGUGCGCUACCACGAGCAGCUGUCGCCGGUGUGCCUGCCGCCCGCCGACCGGCCGCUGCCCGCCGGCACGCUCUGCACCGUCAUCGGGUGGGGGAAACGAGACGAUAAGGACAUGUCUGAAUACGAGCCGGCAGUGAAUGAAGUGGAAGUGCCCGUGCUGCAUCGCGACCUCUGCAACCAGUGGCUGGAGCAUCGGGACCUCAACGUCACCGAGGGGAUGAUCUGCGCCGGGUACCCGGAGGGAGGAAAAGAUGCUUGUCAGGGCGAUUCCGGCGGGCCGCUGCUCUGUAAGGAUCCCGACGACUCCUCGCGCUGGUACGUCGGCGGCAUCGUGUCUUGGGGCAUCAAAUGCGCGCACCCCCGCCUCCCGGGAGUCUACGCGUACGUCUCCAAAUAUAUACCGUGGAUACAGAAACAUAUUAGUCUUUAUAACGACGACAACGCCAAGUCUGAAGACGUUUAGAUUAUAUACAAGACUUUUUUUUUUUGACAAAUUUAUAUAUAAUCUGUGCGAAAUUCCAAAAUGGAGGGAAACGUCACUAAAUUACGGUGUUGAUCCCUUAUAUUUGAUACUACGAUCAAGAUCUUGAAUUUAUAUAUAUAUAUGUAUAUAGACACUUAGAAGACUCAAAAGGUUAAUUAUGACAAUAAUAAAAGUAAUGAUAACCGUGGAUACAGAAACAUAUUAGUCUUUAUAACGACGACAAUGCCAAGUCUGAAGACGUAUAGAUUAUUUACAAGAUUUUUUUUUUGACAAAUUUAUAUAUAAUCUGUGCGAAAUUCCAAAAUGGAGGGAAACGUCAUUAUAUCAAGGUGUUGAUCCCUUACAUAUAUUUGGUACUAUGAUGAAGAUCUUGAAUUUACACAUAUAUAUACAUUUAGAAGACUCGCAACGUUAAUUAUGACAAUAAUAAAAGUAGUUAUAAUGUAAUCGAGACAAUAAAUCGAACUAAUAUCGACAAUAAUUAUUUUAUCAAUUAAAACUUAGAGAUAGCCGUAAAUAAAUGUAGGUAUUUAGUUCAUACAUAUUUAUAAUAAAUAAAUAAAAAGAAUCACAAAUUCACAUAUUAUUCAUAACAUAUCACACAACUAUAAGAUCGUAAAACACUGUGAUACAAAAUCAUUGACGAAUAAAAAUAUCAAAGUUCCAAUAUAUAAAAAUAUGUAGUUUAUUGAGAAAAAAAAAAACUGAAAAUAAAUUAUUUAGAAGAAAAAAGAAACAUAAUUAAAAUUACAUGUACUUUGAAUAGAAGACCUUAGACCAUGGAGUUAAUAAGUACCAUAGUAACUCUAUGCCUUAGACUAACUGAA